CCCUCCAGUGUGUACUUAUACCCCUCUUCGUUUCCGCUUCCUUCGUCGCUAUCAAUGAACUUCGUAUUCCGUCUCUCGAGCUCACUGCGUCCAACCCUUACCAAAAACUUCACAAAACCCACGACCACUGCAUUCUCCAGAAAAAUGUCAAACGCCGCCGGAACACCUGGGGCCGACCGCCUGACCGCCAACCACCUCUUCUCCUUCCCCCAGACAUACGUCGCCGUCGUUACCGGAGGCGCCACCGGAAUCGGCUUGAUGAUCACGCAGGCGCUGGCCACGAACGGUGCAAAGGUGUACAUCACUGGCCGACGCGAGAAAGACCUUGAGAACGUGGCGAAGCGGUAUCCCGGCAAGAUCAUUCCCGUGGCGGCCGAUAUCACCGAUGAGGCGUCCGUCCAGAAGCUAGUGGCCGAGGUCGGAAAGAACGAGCCGAAAGGCAUCCACCUGCUCGUCAACAACGCCGGUGUUGCGAAGGAAAAGCAGACGACCUCCUUCUCCACCGCCGACGUUGACUUCAAGAAUGCCGACAGUCUCGCGAAGCACCUGGCGAAGGCCACGCGCGAGAGCUGGGCCGAGACUUUCGAAACGAACGUGACGGCGCAGUACUUCACCUCGGUCGCUUUCGUCCCCCUGCUCGCUGCGGGAACGAAAAACACCCCCGGUUAUUCCAGCAGCAUCGUCAACAUCGCAUCCAUCAGCGGCGUGAUGAAGAACAGCAGCAGGGGGCAGUUCGCUUAUGCGGCUAGCAAAGCUGCGUUCUUGCAACUCACACGGAAUCUGGCGACCACGUUGAAGGAAAUCAAGGUUAGGGUCAACUCGAUCGCGCCUGGCAUCUUCCCGAGCGAGAUGACGGCGGAUUCGAGUGACGAGGCGGGAAAGAGUUCGCUUGAGGGUACUGGGAAGGCGGAUGGGAUCCCGGCUGGCCGCACGGGAAGUGAACAGGACAUGGCUGCAGCAAUCCUGUACCUGGCCGGCCCUGGUGGAGUGUUCGUGAACGGGCUGACCGUUUAUGUGGACGGUGGAAACCUCCUUACUGCUCCGUCUGUUGCAUAAAGGGUUAGAGGAAGAAUUUCAGGGCACCUUGUACUAUAAUCUUAGGCGGAGACGUGGUUGCAAUAGGAAUAAGUUUGAAAAGCUUCCAGCAUGGCUGAGUGAGAUGUGUAGGGGUGGGCGUCUGGCGUGUUUAGGGCCAUUAUCGUGAAAGGUUCAUAAGACUGUGACGCCCGCCGAAGGAGAAGGAUGCAAUGCGGAAGAUGGAUUGUUUGAAGAACUGGAGACCAUGUAAUGUAGUCAUGGUUUGAGAAUCGCACGAACCUAAUAGCAAAGCCACUGACGGCAGUUACAUAUCACCGAUAUAAAGCACUUGAGGUAACCAUGGUGCCAACAUCUCAAUCGCCG